CCCGGCCUGGCCCGUAACGCACUCUUUCCCGUCUGCCAGGAGAGGUUGGCGGCCCACGAAGGGAUGAGGCCCAUGCGCGCCGUCUUUACCCGCGAGGGACAGAUCUUCACCACGGGCUUCACCCGCAUGAGCCAGCGGGAGCUGUGCCUCUGGGACCCGAAGAACUUCGAGGAGCCCAUCGCCCUCCAGGAGAUGGACACCAGCAACGGGGUCCUCCUGCCCUUUUAUGACCCAGAUUCCAGCAUAGUCUACCUGUGUGGAAAGGGGGACAGCAGCAUCCGCUACUUCGAGAUCACGGAGGAGGCGCCCUACGUCCACUACUUGAGCACCUACAGCAGCAAAGAGCCACAGCGCGGCAUGGGCUUUAUGCCCAAACGGGGACUGGAUGUCAGCAAGUGUGAAAUCGCCAGGUUUUACAAGCUGCACGAACGAAAAUGUGAGCCCAUUGUUAUGACUGUACCCCGAAAA